CACAAGUUCCAUCGUGUGAGUCGACCCAUCUCCGCGGCCAUGGUUCAGGCCAAACAGUGGCGCAGGGAGCAAGUUUGCCUUGGCCUCGCGGCGACCGCCUAUCUCGGGCAUGUGUCGUUUGUGGCUGCCCGCGACACACAAACAUCGCCGGCACUGAGGGCCACCUGGCGGGGCGAACGGAGGGGAUCCGAACUGGGAGGCACGUCGGAGACGGCGCGCGGAGAGGCGCUCAGUCGUGUCGGCUGUGCGGCGGGCCUCCUUGGUCUGGCGGGGGCAGCGUCCGGAUUGGCCGUGGGAAGCCGCCGGGCGCCACGCGCGCCGCGCGUACGGCGCUGUGCUGAGGAUGGCCUGUGGCAGCCGCGCUUGACUGGUUGGACGCCAGAUGAUUUGGCAGCCGAGAGGCAGCGCGCCAUGGCCAUGCCAGAUGCGCCUGGCUAUUCAGGGCCACGCUACACAGGUGCUGCAAGCCUCACGGACGCCUUCAUUAAUGGCAUGAUCUCUGCACAAGAGCAGGGUCAGCUGCUGCCAAAGAAGGAUGCUUACCUCAUGGUGUUGGAUAUCAUCGACGUGUUGCGGGCCGAGCAGACCAUGGGGCAGGUCUCCAUCCCCGAUGGAGGUCAUUUGACCGUGGUGGGCGACCUCCACGGGCAGUACUGGGAUUUCAUGAACAUCCUCAGCUUGACCGGGAAGCCCUCGGCCAACACGCCCUUCAUCUUCAACGGCGACUUUGUGGACCGAGGCUCUUGGUCCAUCGAGGUGGUCCUGACCAUCUUCGCCUUGAAGCUGAAGGACCCCGGGGCCGUCUUCCUGAACCGUGGCAAUCACGAGAUGUUGGAGACCAACAUCCUGUAUGGCUUCUGUGGCGAAUGCGGAGCCAAGUAUGAUAUGGAUCUCUUCAACCUCUUCUCUGAGGCUUUCAGAAACCUGCCCUUGGCGCACCUGGUUGACAACAAGGUGCUGGUCUUGCAUGGCGGCCUCCCAGGGCCUGACCCACGGAUUUGGAUGCCUGGGCAGACGCACGAUCCAACGGAUGCGAUUCCCAUGACGCCCUUGCCAUCCCUUCAGGAGCUGGCGUCCGUGGAUCGCUACCUGGAGAUCACUCCAGAGUCGUACGCGCAGUCCAUCGGUCCAAGCACCUCCGAGAAGGAGGUGAACGACAUGCGGCGCCUCAUCGACAUCCUUUGGGGCGAUCCUCGAGGUGGUGGUGGGUAUGGACCUUCCUACCGAAAAGGCAAGGGUGUCUACAUGUUUGGUCCUGAUGUGACAGAGACCUUCUGCCAGCAGAACAACCUGCAGUGUGUGAUCAGAUCACACGAGGUGAAGGCCGACGGCUUCAGGUGGGAUCACAAGCAGCUCCUGAGUGUCUUCAGCGCUCCAAACUAUUUGGACACCGGGAACAACAAAGGCGCUUUCUUGAAAUUGACCAGGGCGCCGGACGGCACCGUGGGCAUCGAGACGGUGAACUACAGCGCCGUGCCGCACCCUGACGUGCCGCCCAUGAAGUGGCAGGAACAUAUCACCAACAACUACUCGCACCUCACUCGCCUGAUGAGAAAAAAGGUGGGCGCUUCAAGCUUCGACGAGUUCGGCGACAGCGACUUCGAGGGUCUCAUGAACUUCGACGAGUGGGAGCCGGACGAGGCAGAACAGUUCCAGGAGGCCUUCAAGGUGGACUAUUACGGUCGCGACAUCCAGUGAGUACGGAUCCGUGGAGAAGAGCCGCGACCCGGCGGCCCCGUGACGUGCGGCGACUCCGAGACGCCGGUCGUAUUGGAAGGCAUUGGGUAACUAAGCCCCCGUGUUCCUUUGUCCGGGAGAUUGGCAUGCCGGGUGCGUUGAGUUGUUCCGGCAAAGUGGACACUUGAAACGAAGAUCAAACUCAUGAUGGGCC